AUGAUUGUUCCAUUAAAUUCAUUCUCUGGAAAUGGAUUCUCAAAUGGAUGGUAUGCCAAUUGUGAAAAAGAUACUUCUCUAUGGGUCGAUCAUGAUCAACGAUUAUUUCAAUUACAUUUGAAUCAUUGGAUGCGAGCAUUUAGAGGAAGUACUAAUUCGAACAAGAUUCAAAAAUGUGAUCAAAUCAUUUCAAAGAGACUUGUUCUUGUUCAGAGAGAUGGUGAAUUUAAUUUAUUUCAUUCCAUGACUGAUUUUGUGAAUAUUUUCAUUAAUUAUUUAAUGAUUUUAGGAAAGAAUGUCCAAGAGGGAUAUUAUUAUGAAAUUUUAGAGAAAUUGGGAGAUCAAGUGUUCACUCAUUCUGAAUAUAAGAAAUAUUUGCAAGAAGAGUAUCCACAUCUGAAAAUGGAUAGUCUUGUUUGUUUUGAAGAGGUGCUCAUGGUGACUCCUGGAGGAUCAUGUUUUUUGAUGAAAGAUGCAUGGAGACCCAAUCCAUGCCGUGAAUCGGACAUUCUCAAAGCCUUCUCCACCUAUAUCACUCGAAAAGUACUACAAGGACAUCAUCUCGUUCGUAGGAGAGGUCAUCCCCAUCAAGAUCCCAUUAAAAUUGUAUUCAGUACCAGAAAAGUAAAAGAAACAGCUGCUACCAUUUAUAGAAGAAUUAUGAAUGAAGAUGAAUUGAAACAAGCACUUGAAAAUGAUCCCAUUCUGAAACACAAACACAAUGUAGAGAUCAAGUUUAUUGACUUUGGUCAAGUUGGAUCCAUUCAAGCACAAAUUAGAAUCAUUCAUCAAGAGACUGAUAUAUUAAUUGGUGGACAUGGUGCUGGACUCACUCACACCAUGUGGCUUCCAGAAGAAGCUGUCCUUGUCGAAUUAUUCCCAUCAGGUUUUCAUAGCUCAUUCUUUAGAAAUUUGGCGAAAUGGAGAGGUAUUCAGUAUUUGGCCAUGCAAAAUGAUAAAUCAGAAAAUGUGGUGGAUGCUCACAUGCAUUGGACCAAAAUUGAUCCUGAAGAGUUUGUUCAAUUGAUUCGUGCAGCAGUGAAUAUUGUUGAGCAUCAUCAUUUGGGAACUGGAAUUCAUGCUGUUGCAUUUGAUGGUACCAAUGAAAAUCAUCAUUUAUGA